AUGGUGAGCCUCCAAGCGAGGCAAAACUCGAACCCCCUAGAGAUAGACGAUUCGGCAGAUGACGAGUCGCCCCUCUCAAGCGUGAACGAGGAUUUACUUGACAGCGACUUGAGUGAAUUCUCACAGACUACGCCGCGCAAGCCCCAAAAAGCAAGCGCGCAGACCAACUCAAUUCUCCCGAAAUCCUCAAGACCCGAACCCGCGACAGACGAUGAACCACUUAGCUCAAGUGACGAGGAGCCAGACCUCCCAGACGAUGACGAUGAUGGAAUCACGCCUAGAAAGAAGCGACAGGCAGGGCCAACAUUAGAGGAGAAACUUGCGCGGAAAAACAACGAAGAGAAGGAAUUCAAGUCGCCAAGCUCGAGUCGCAAGCGUACCAUGAAGGAUAUGCUUGGCUCAGACGAUACAAGAGAGGAUAUGUUCGAUUUUAUCCGGCCGUCGCAGCAGAGUUUUAAGUCAAAGAGGCAGAGCUAUUCGUCCAAGUUUCGGAAAACACCUAGUUCCAGUAUGGCAGGCCCUUCCUCAAGUGCGGCACGGCCCAAGUCAGCGUCGGGGCCGGCUGCGAAAAAGUCAGAGAGCCCUAAGAAGGAGGAAGGAGAGGAAUCUAAAGAGGAGAUCAAGUUCAUAUUCCCUCCUGAGCUUCCGGAUCCUGCCAGCGCGUCUAGCUUCUCUGUUCCCACUUCAUCGGCCAGAGAUCGUGGUAUACCGGAUACAGACGAUGAAGAUGAUGAUUCUGUUCUCAGUUCUCUGAAGAGCUACCCGUCCCCUAACGACAUAAUGAAUGACGCCGACGAAGACGAAGAGGAAGCUCCAAGGGAGUACCUAUGUCCCAUGUGCAACGAGCCGGUGGAUCCAGGACUUUUAAUCAAAUUCGAGGCCCAGCCAAGACAGCGAUUCAGGGAUCAACAAGCGUUUUGUAACUCCCAUAAGAAGUCCUUUAUAGAGGAUCAGUGGGUAGCAAAGGGCUAUCCUACAAUUGAUUGGGAGAAUUUCGAUGAGCGAAUACAAGCUCAUUUUAAUGACUUGGAGAAACUUUUGGCACCCGGCAGCUCGUCGUAUUACAGGAAUGUUUUGAUCUCGACAUUAAAGUCAGGCAAAGCGAAGAAUUUUGCCCUCACUUUGGCAGGCGAUAGCCUGGAGACCAUAUCAUGCGGGUACUACGGCACAAGAGGUUCUGGGAUAAUGUUAGACGCAAUUACCGCUCGAUUCUCACGAAGACUCACCCGACUAGCCAAAGAAGACAAAAUCAUCACUCAGGCAGGCCCCGUUGGCUACUCGCAGUCAGUCCUGGUCCCUGAGCUCGCUGUUCGCCUAAUCAAAGAGGACAUGAAAGUCGACGAAGAAACCGCCCGACAGAUCAUGCGCGAAAGUAUCGACCUUGGCGAGAAAGUGAACUUUGCUCCCAACGAUACUGUGCAUGUCUCAGAAGAGGAGAUGGGGACAGCAGAUGGGGAAGGAGAGCAAUAG